UUGUUGGACCUCGCACGCUGCAAUGCUCGGUCAAGUCACCCAAAGGGGACUCGAGGGUCUUUGCGCUUGAGUGAGCGAGCUCAGACGCGCAUAGGAAACCUUAGCACACCCGCACCGUUUCGCAAGCUGCGAGGAUGUCGAAAUCCACUUCGGCGCCGAGUUGGAUGUCGGUUCCGCAACCAAACUUAGCGAGGCAGCGUCCGUGUCUGCGCCCCACGCCCAGCCGGAGUCGAAUUGUAGUCUUGAGCCUCGCGGUGAUGCCAAGCAAGGGUUCGGUGGUGAGCACUGCUGAGGUCAGAAGCACGACUGACGGCUGUCUGGCCAAUGGCUAUGCAAACGGGUGCUCAAUCGAGGUGCAAGGUACGGCGUAUGAUGGACUUCGAGACGACGAGACACGACCCCUUUUGCAAUAAAGAAUCACGAAUCUUGAAUACAGGCUGUUGAUGGGCUGUGUAUAGGUCUAUCAUAC